GGCGCACUACGUGGCUAAGUUGCUACGAUUCUGUCAGGGUGGACAUUUAUGGACUUUUGCAGUCCUAAACAGAAGGAGUGCAUACGCACCCCGGGCUCUAAACUGGCGAUUACAGAAGACUGCACGGCUAAUGUGGUAUCUAACUACAAGUUCUACCUAGCCUUCGAGAACUGCAACUGCAGGGAAUACAUAACGGAGAAGUUCUGGAGGAACGCCCUGCAGACCAACUCCGUUCCCAUAGUGAUGGGGGCGCCACGCGAGGAUUUGCGGCGCUUCGCUCCUCCCGGCUCCUACAUACAUGUCGACGACUUCGAAACAGUUGAACAGCUGGCAAACUACCUACAGGAACUGGACGCCGACGAUGUGGCCUACAGUAGAUACUUCAGGUGGAAGCAACUCGGUGAAGUGUUUAUGAUGCCGAGAGAUGCAUACUGUAGGUUGUGCGAAGCAUUGCACGACGCGAAUGCACCUGUGCAAUGGUACGACCAUAUCGACUACUGGUGGAGUAAAACAGACUGCGUUGCUCCCCAUAAGGAUAUUGAUGAAGAAACUGGCAUGGGACUGAGAAAUGAUCCGAAUAAAUUCAAAAUAUCAGCACCUAAGUGAUGCAUGGCGUCUUCGCGUAGAUUUUCCAAAAAUAAUCUUGCCUAUGGCUACGUAUAUCGACGGUGGAAGAUUCUAAAAAACACCAGCAAUGAUAAGCAAACUAUGCUUUAACAAGUGUAGCCGCGACUGUGUUACAUUUGGUGGCUUAAUCAACAUUUGAUUUUUAGAUUGCAGACCGUGCAGUGACGUUCUCCUUAGGCUCACCACGCUUCCUUAACAUAUGCAGCAGACAUAUACGUUGCCUUAUGAUAAUAUUGGGUAUUCCCUAACCAUCUGCGAUAUUUCACUGGUUUUUAAUGAAAUUCAUAUAAUAAAGCGAUAUGGCGUCAAAUCUUAUAGACGUUGAGUCUGCAACUCACGCAGCAGACAUUUGUCGGAAUACGACAGA